CGGUGGCCGGCGCUCUGGGUAGCUCCUUCCUCGGGAGCGGGCUUUUUUACGGCAAUUACACACUCCCUGCCCCUGGCUACCCACGCACCCUGGGCUCGUGCGUGUAGAGCCGGACCCGUGCACACGCGUGUCCCUGGGCAGCUCCGGCGCCGGGAGGCCAGGAGGGAAAGGGGCGCCGGGGAGGCUCGACGCUGCUUUCCGGCCAGGGGGCCCUGGGGCAGCCGGGCGCGGACCACGGAAGAAGAGGGGACAGCCCCGGCUUCCAGCUGCCGUUGCCGCCGCGGUCACAGUUUGAAGAGGGAACAAAGACUCCAGAUGGCAAAUUCUAUGAAUGGCAGAAACCCUGGUGGUCGAGGAGGAAACCCCCGAAAAGGACGAAUUCUGGGUAUUAUUGAUGCCAUUCAAGAUGCAGUUGGACCCCCUAAGCAAGCAGCAGCAGAUCGCAGGACUGUGGAGAAAACUUGGAAACUCAUGGACAAAGUGGUCAGACUGUGCCAAAAUCCCAAACUUCAGUUGAAGAAUAGCCCACCAUACAUACUUGAUAUUUUACCUGAUACAUAUCAGCAUUUGAGACUUAUAUUGAGUAAAUAUGAUGACAACCAGAAACUUGCCCAGCUCAGUGAGAAUGAAUAUUUUAAAAUCUACAUUGACAGUCUAAUGAAGAAGUCAAAAAGGGCAAUAAGACUCUUUAAAGAAGGCAAGGAGAGGAUGUAUGAAGAGCAGUCGCAGGACAGGCGGAAUCUCACAAAACUGUCCCUUAUCUUCAGUCACAUGCUGGCAGAAAUCAAAGCAAUCUUCCCCAAUGGGCAGUUCCAGGGAGAUAAUUUUCGUAUCACGAAAGCAGAUGCUGCUGAAUUCUGGAGGAAGUUCUUUGGAGACAAAACUAUUGUACCAUGGAAAGUGUUCAGACAGUGCCUUCAUGAAGUCCAUCAAAUUAGCUCUGGCCUGGAAGCAAUGGCUCUGAAAUCAACAAUUGAUUUAACUUGUAAUGAUUACAUUUCAGUUUUUGAAUUUGAUAUUUUUACCAGGUUAUUUCAGCCUUGGGGCUCUAUUUUGCGGAAUUGGAAUUUCCUAGCUGUGACACAUCCGGGGUACAUGGCAUUUCUUACAUAUGAUGAAGUUAAAGCUCGGCUCCAGAAAUACAGCACCAAACCCGGAAGCUACAUUUUCCGGUUAAGCUGCACCAGAUUGGGACAGUGGGCCAUCGGCUAUGUAACAGGGGAUGGCAACAUCUUACAGACCAUUCCACACAACAAGCCCUUAUUUCAAGCCCUGAUUGACGGCAGCCGGGAAGGAUUCUAUCUUUAUCCUGAUGGGAGGAGUUAUAAUCCUGAUUUAACUGGAUUAUGUGAACCUACACCCCAUGAUCAUAUAAAAGUUACACAGGAACAAUAUGAAUUAUAUUGUGAAAUGGGUUCCACUUUUCAGCUCUGUAAAAUUUGUGCUGAGAACGACAAAGAUGUCAAGAUUGAGCCUUGUGGGCAUUUGAUGUGCACCUCUUGCCUUACAGCCUGGCAGGAGUCAGACGGCCAAGGCUGCCCCUUCUGUCGCUGUGAAAUAAAAGGAACGGAGCCCAUAAUCGUGGACCCCUUUGAUCCGAGAGAUGAAGGUUCCAGAUGCUGCAGCAUCAUCGAUCCCUUUGGAAUGCCGAUGCUGGACUUGGAUGACGACGAUGACCGAGAGGAGUCCUUGAUGAUGAAUCGGUUGGCAAACGUUCGAAAGUGCACUGACAGGCAGAACUCCCCCGUCACAUCACCAGGCUCCUCUCCCCUCGCGCAGAGAAGAAAGCCACAUCCAGACCCUCUCCAGAUCCCACACCUCAGCCUGCCACCAGUGCCGCCUCGCCUGGAUCUCAUUCAGAAAGGCAUAGUUCGGUCUCCCUGUGGCAGCCCAACGGGUUCACCAAAGUCUUCUCCUUGCAUGGUGAGAAAACAAGAUAAACCACUCCCAGCACCACCUCCUCCCUUAAGAGACCCCCCUCCCCCUCCCCCUGAGAGACCGCCCCCAAUCCCACCUGACAACAGACUGAGCCGUCACUUCCAUCAUGUGGAAAGUGUGCCUUCCAGAGACCAGCCGAUGCCUCUUGAAGCCUGGUGCCCUCGGGAUGUGUUUGGGACAAAUCAGUCGGUGGGAUGUCGACCCCUAGGGGACGGCUCUCCCAAGCCUGGAAUCACAGCGAGUUCAAGUGUGAACGGAAGGCACAGCAGAAUGGGCUCUGACCCUGUGCUUUUGCGGAAACACAGACGCCAUGAUUUGCCUUCAGAAGGAGCCAAGGUCUUUUCCAAUGGUCACCUGGGGAGUGAAGAGUAUGACGUUCCUCCCCGGCUUUCUCCUCCCCCUCCAGCUGCCACCCUUCUUCCCAGCAUCAAGUGUACUGGUCCAUUAGCAAAUUCCCUUUCAGAGAAAACAAGAGACCCAGUAGAGGAAGAUGACGAUGAAUACAAGAUUCCUUCAUCCCAUCCCGUUUCCCUGAAUUCACAACCAUCUCAUUGUCAUAACGUAAAACCGCCUCCUAGGGCUUGUGACAAUGGCCACUGUAUAUUGAAUGGAACACAUGGUACAUCUUCAGAGGUGAAGAAAUCAAACAUCCCUGAGCUAGGCAUAUAUUUAAAGGGAGAUGUUUUUGAUUCAGCCUCUGAUCCAGUGCCAUUACCACCUGCCAGGCCUCCAGCUCGGGACAAUCCGAAGCAUGGUGCUUCACUCAACAGGACGCCCUCUGAUUAUGAUCUUCUCAUCCCUCCAUUAGGUGAAGAUGCUUUUGAUGCCCUUCCCCCAUCCCUUCCACCUCCCCCACCUCCCGCCAGGCACAGUCUCAUCGAACAUUCAAAACCUCCAGGCUCCAGUAGCCGACCAUCCUCAGGACAGGACCUUUUCCUCCUUCCAUCAGAUCCCUUUUUUGAUCCCGCAAGUGGCCAAGUUCCUUUGCCUCCUGCUAGGAGAUUACCAGGUGAAAAUGUCAAAUCCAACAGAACAUCACAGGACUAUGAUCAGCUUCCUUCAUCUUCAGAUGGUUCACAAGCACCAGCCAGACCUCCUAAACCACGACCCCGCAAGACCGCACCGGAAAUUCACCACAGAAAACCCCAUGGGCCUGAGGCGGCCUUGGAAAACGUCGAUGCAAAAAUUGCAAAACUCAUGGGCGAGGGAUAUGCCUUUGAAGAAGUCAAAAGAGCCUUAGAGAUAGCCCAGAAUAAUGUCGAAGUGGCCCGUAGCAUCCUCCGAGAAUUUGCCUUCCCCCCUCCAGUCUCCCCACGGCUAAACCUAUAGCAGCCAGGACUGUCAGCAACGAAACAUAAAGCAAUCGAUGACUAUUCCAGACAGGAAAGGGGAAAAGUGAGGUGGAAUUCCAAGAGUGAAGGUGUCUCCUCCUCACGUGGCAUCUUGAGAGAGGCUCGGAAGUGCCCCUUCUCAGAAGACAGCUUCUUGCUCGGGAUGCCAGGAGCUGCAGCUUCUUUAUUUUUGCUAGCCAUACUUUUAAAUCAGGGUUGAACUGACAAAAAUAAUUUAAAGACGUUUACUUCCCUUGAACUUUGAAUCUGUGAAAUGCUUUUCCUUGUUUACAAGUUGGCAAACUUGCAGUGUUUUUUUAGUUUUGUUUGGGGAUUUUUUUGAUACCUGUACUGUGUUCUUGAUGGACCCUUUGUACAGUGGUCAGGUCUGCUGUAACGUUUCCCACCAACUCCCUUGCUGUCCACGUCAACAGCUCAGUCACAUAUUCAUUAUGAUCUUUCCCAUCCCACCCCCCAGGUCCAAUUCCAUUUCUCCCAUUUACAAGAUGCUUUAAAGGUUCUGAUUUUCAAUGUAUCAAACUAAUGCAAAAAAAAAAAAAGUGUGUGGCCUUCACUACUGAGUCUUUUUUUGGAAACCAUCACUGUUGAGAGAUGGGGAAAAUCUGAAUGUAUAAAGCAUUUUUUGUCAAUGAACUGCCUUUUAUAAGGGGUUUUCAUACGAUAUAGAAGAGCUUCCCUUUUUAGUGUCAGUUUUGUGACCUUUACUCUUCAAACUCUCAUCUUUGUUAUUCCAGGUUUGUCACAACUCUGUAAAAACCCAGUGUGAGAAAGCAACUACUGCAGAGGUGGGAGAGAAACACAUGCACACAACAGUGCCGUGCUGGCGUUACGUAACGAGGCCCCCUGAUAUUUCUGCCUGCGUUACUUCGAGGCGUGCCAAAUAAGAGGGCCAUCUCCCAGGAAUACAUUAAUAAUUUUCAGAUAAAACUAUGGUCAUACUUUUCCCAAAGUAGAAUAGAGUUCAUUUCCCGUUUGAGUGAUUACAAGCUGGCACCUAGCAAGUUUAGGAACCAGCUCACGGUGCAGCGGAAACAGCAAAUCUUGGAUGCGCUGUGAAGUGCUAAUGCUACUGUGGCUUUUUUUUUUUUUUUUUUUGCAAAAUUCUUAAUUUUCUCUCUGCAAUCAAAUUAGAGGUCCUAUUUAAUUUUUAGGUUCUCUCAUUCGUUGCUCUACAUUGUUCCAUCCAGUCAGGUGAAGAAAUUUAUAUCAUUUUUUGCUUUUUUUGCAAAAUGGAGGUUGGUUCUUCAGAAACCGUGUUGUUAUUACUUUUAAUAAAUCUACAAAUAUUUAUUGGGCAUCUGUGAUGUGCUCCACGCUGCAGGCAUUGUGCUUUUAAAGCACAAACCAUCACAAGCUGAUUCCGCUAUCAUAUUCUGUCAUCCUUCAUCUGCGCUUUUGGUGGUCAAAGUCACUGAUGGACAAAGCCUGGAAGGUUUCCACCAAAGCUUCAGAAUUUUCAGGCAGUUAGCUUUUAUUUUCUCCCUUAGUAAGUUGGUGAAGAAAUGAGACGAAACCAGGUCUGAGUAAAAUGCUUUAACCCGCAGAAGAUUUUCUAAACGUGGACUAAUUGUGGGUCUGUGCACGUUUCUGCCACUCCAUUAACAUCACACAGUGUGGUGUAAAAAGAUGCAUCUGAUGGUGAGCCCCUCUUCCGGAUCUGAAAGGAAGUGACCGAGCAUGUGGCAGAUCCAAAGGAAAUUAAUGUUGUUCAAGACUCGGGUGGUCACAGUGUCGACCCAGGUAAGGAGCCAGUGCUUUCCUUUGCGAGCUGACACAUGCCCUUACUUGACAGUUGGGUCUCAUGACAUGAGUACUUACGGAGUCACAGGUGUUGGAAAGUUUGUGCUCAUGUUGUCAUUUCUUAAGGUGAUUCUGAGCUGGUUAAUGUCCCUAGAAGAGAAUUUUUAAUUUGCCUUAGAUUUCUCCCUGUGAGUAGGUUAUUUAAAAAAAAACUGCAUUGGCUAAUUCUCCAUUGCUUUAUGAACAUCAUGUUAUGUCAUCAUGAUUUUUCACUUGUUUUAUAAGUUUCUGGUGUCACGUUGGAAUAGCACUGUAUUUUUUGGCUUUUUUAUGACUUGCUUAUCUUAGGUACAGUCUAAAAGCCAAAAGUUGCCACUUCAUUGUUACAACAUUCUUAAUAGAUUAGGGAAUGAUGUAAAAUGCAAAUGUUAGAAAACAUAGUAUGUUCUCAAAGAAUUUUCAAAUAAUGUGUCAAGAUUUCCAGUGAGAAUUAGAAGAAAAGACUGGUGACAACACAGGAAAAAAAUCUGUUUUGCAAAGAAAACUUACUAGCGUCCACCAAAAUCUCUCUGUAUCUAUUGAUAGUAACCAUGAGUUUUGUCGUUAAAAAGAAAGAAUCAAAAACUUGUAUGGAAUGAAAAAGGGAAACUUUCUAUCAAACACUGUCAUGAAAAACCUAUUGCUACCUAUUACCUGUGACUUAUCAUACUUAAAAAAAAUUUUUUUGAGGAAAUAAUUAAACCAAAAUACACUUUUAGUUACAAAAGUGACUAGCCAUUAAUGGUUGGAAAUGAUCCAGACUUGGUUUCACUGUAAUCCAAAAAGUUUGACAUUCCUCCCAUUUUUCAAGACUUGGUGGUAUGAUUAUUUUUAAAGCCAGUAUGCCAUAUAAUCCCUAAUCAAAGCAGGUCAUGGCCAACAUUAACCUGCUCUCCCCUGUCCCCCAGCAUAUUCCAGGGGGUAGAAGGCAGAAAUACUUAUCUUCAGUGACAGUCCAGUAAACUGGGCUCCAUAAUCUCUUUCUCCCCUCAGUGUCUGUGAUAUCCUGGCCAAAUUUUCUAGAACUGAAUCAGCAGUGCUGUGGUCAACUUGAACUUCUUUUCACAAACAUGACCUUUAGCCUAGCCCUUCCCUGUCCAUGUCCUCUUGCCCAUAUUGGAAAUAGUCUUAAUAAUAGAGUCCUAAUUGCAACUUCAGAGGGCUGAUUCGUUAACUCAAUAUUUCACACACAAGAACACUUGCAAAGAUUUCUUCAUAAUGUGAAUUUUUUUCUUUUUCAGUUCCAGAAGUAUUUCCUUGACAUUUUUUUUUUCUCCCUCAGAUCUUCAACUUGAAGCUUUAAUUUGCACUGAGUCAUCUAACCUGGUUAAAAUUUAAAUUUUUUUCUCUUAAGCUGACAGAUUUGGAAGCAAAUUACAGUGUUUUCAACAAUACAGGUACUGCCUGUUGACCUGGAAUUUUAGUGCUUAUAGGAAAAGUUUCCAGAAAAUGACAGCAAUAGAUUGAAGGGUUUUCUUCCCAAUUACUAUUUUAUUUUUUUAAUGUCUUUUUUAAACUUGUCUAAUGUGGCAAAAUAGUUAUGUGUUCAAUUAAUUUAUAUUUUAUUCAUCCUUUUUCAAUUCUGAUUAUGUAAACUCAAGUACUUUAUCUGUUCUUUUAAGAUAUUUUAUAAAAUGAAUGUUAACAAAAGCAGAGUUGGUAUUUUAUUUUUCAAAUGAAUGCAAACAUUUCUUUCAGACCA